AUGGGCCUGACCAACUUCUAUCGAGGAUUUGGACCUACGAUACUUGGCAUGAUUCCUUAUGCCGUGUUGGCACGGUACACGGUUUCAGAAAGUCGAUCCUCUAAGCACCCAGGUCGACCACAGCUUGUCACUGCUGCGGAGUUGUUCGCAGGUGGCCUUGCUGGUGUGAUUGCUCAGACUGCUUCUUACCCAUUAGAGGUUCUUCGUCGUCGGAUGCAAGUGGGCGGUCAUCGUCUCGGGAUGGUUCAGACAUGUCGCAAGAUGUGGUCUGAGAAAGGUAUCCGCGGAUUCUAUGUUGGAAUGACGAUUGGAUACAUCAAAGUGGUGCCAUUGGUCGCGACAAGUUUCUUGGUCUACGAGCGACUUAAGUGGGCCAUGGGAAUAUGA